CACUGCUGCCCUCGCUGGAGUCUUUUAACCUCGGAUGCUCACAGGAUUGGAGCAAGCGAGGCUCACCACCAUGGCCAUGCUGGUGACCUUCCUGCUGCUCUGGGGUCUAUCCCUGAGCCCGGAGACAGAAGCAGCCACCUUUGUGGAGACCCAGCCAGACCUGUGGGCAGAGGCCGAAUCGCUGCUGGAACCCUGGGCUAACAUGACAUUGACGUGCCGGGCCUGCCUGUUCACCUCGGAUUUCCAGCUCUUCAAGGAUGGGGUGCUCCAGGAUCACGUGCACCUUGCUGUAGCCACCAAGGAGCACCGGUUCCUGCUAGGAGCAGUGACAGCUGACACCCGGGGUCUCUACCGCUGCCGCUAUGAUAUGGGCAGUCAAUGGACCCAGCUGAGCAACCUGCUGGAGGUGACUGGGGCAGAGACUCUGCCUCCACCCCUGCUCUCAAGUAAGCCUGUGUCCUGGAUCACGCCGGGCCUGGAAACGACCCUGUUGUGCCGAGGGGGACUUCGGGGUGUGACCUUCCUGCUGCAGCGGAAAGGCGAUGACCAGUUUCUGGAGGUGGCCGAGGCCCCUCAGGACAUGGAGGCCACCUUCCCAGUCCAACGGGCUGGCAACUACAGUUGCAGCUACCGGACCCACGUGGCAGGCACCCCCUCUGAACCCAGUGCCACUGUGACUGUCGAGGAGCUAGCCACACCACCACCGCCCAGGCUGAGUUUCUAUGGAGGAACAUCUGCAGAAGUCCUGCUCCGAGGCGGAGAAACUUCCCUCGUCUGUGUGGGGCCCCUGGAGAGCGGCAUGGAAUUCCAGCUGAGGCGUGGAGACGAGGCGUUGCUCUUAGAUAGAUGGAGCACCCACCCGGACCGCACUGUCUUUAAGCUGAACUCAGUGGCCCCGGGGGAUGGUGGCCUCUACACCUGCCGCUACCACCUGCGCGGGGAGGACAUGCCUUGGUCCCAGGACAGUGAGCCCGUGGAGCUGCUACUGAGCAACGAGAUGCUGCCUGCGCCUGAGCUUUCGGCAGAGCCAGCGACUCUGCGCCCGGAACCCGGCACGCUGGUGCAGCUGCGGUGCCGAGCGCCCCAGGCCGGCCUGCGUUUCGCCCUGGUGCUCGAGGGCGACAAUAGGCGCCAAGUGGUCAGUCUCCAGAGCCCAGCAGGCAACGAGGCCGUUUUCGAACUGCACGACGUCUCACCGAUGGAUGGGGCCAAUUACAGCUGCAUCUACACGGACACUGCGCCGCCCUUCGCGGGCUCUGCGCCCAGUGAGCAUCUGGAGCUGCGCGUGGACGGACCCCUCCCCAGGCCAAAGCUCCAGCCCCUGUGGAGCGGAGCAGUGAGUCCAGGCCAUGACGCCACCCUGCACUGCAAGAGCCCCCUGAGCCGUGUGCCCCACAUCAUCUUUGAGCUGCUGCAAGAAGGCAAAGAGGUGGUACUUACGAGAAGUUACUCAGAGGACCUUGUGCUGACCUAUGUUGGGCCCCAACACGCUGGCAACUACACGUGCCGCUACUCCAGCGGGCCCUUUGUGUCUGACCUCAGCGAUCCAGUGGCGCUCCGGGUGGCAGGACACUGAUCCAACUGCAGACCAAGGCCACUGAGAGUAUCCUGGUUCAGUAUGGCACGGAUCCUUCCUGCUGCAGCUGGAGGCUGGACUCCCCUGGGGAGUGGGUGGGGGAACAAGAGGGCUCUCCCUAAUUUUUCCUAGGAAUUAAUAAACGUGAAAACAGA